AGGUACACCGAAGUACCCAGACCUUGAAACCUACUGUGAAAAGGUGGAACUGGAGAAGUACGACGCCUUUCUUAUUCUGACCAUGAAGCGUUUUACCGAAAACGACCGUUUGCUGGUCGAAAAAGUGGAAUCACUCAACAAGUCGUUCUUUUUUAUACGCACGCAUAUCGAUGCGGACUACUUGAGCCAAAAGCGAAAGAAAUCGUUCGACGAACAAACAAUGCUUCAAACAAUCAGGGAAGAUUGUUUGGAAAAAUUGAAAGGCACAGAAACCGGACAUGAUGCGGUGUUCCUGAUCAGCAACCUUUACCCGGCCAAGUGGGACUUCGCUCGUCUUACACAGGCCAUCCUUGAUGUCCUGCCGUACCGUCAAAGAGAGUGCCCCACGUUGCCGUUGUUGAAAAGAAAACCGCAACUCCUACGAGGUAAAUACGAGAAGCACACAAGGUUGUCCCAGCAAUGUUUAUGACUGCAAAAUUUUUAUGUGUAACUUUUUCCAGUAAUUAGUUUCUUUUUAACUUUUAAGCAUCUAACCGUAACUAGUUAAAAAAUGGUAUCUAAUUAUAAGCUAACAUUUCUAAUUGCUGACUGUUACAUAACCAACUGCUGCUUAUCCUAUAAGAUGCCAAAAGAAGUAAUCAUGGAUUAAUGCGAGUCAAUGCGAGUUUGGGCGAUUUUAGGCGAUUUAAGGGAACUUCGGUCAAUUUUAACCGCGAUUUAAUGCGAUUCUAGGGAAUGUAAGGCGAGUUAAGAUCCUAGAAUAGGCUUGUUUUGGGGCCAUGUUCUUUAAAACGAAAGUUUGGUUUUGAAAGAAAAUGUGGUCAAUAGUUUAAAGUUUGAAAAUUAAAUUAUGUAACUAACCUUAGGGUUUCUGCUUUGUUUUUUCUGUUUAGAAGUUCGAUGGGCAGAAAGGUCAAAAAAGCACCGUUCAAAACUGUCAGAAUUUGUGGAAGGUUUGGAAACCAAUCCAUCAAAGGCAACGAGAAUUGGAGUGUAUCUCGUUUGUUUUGAUGAUAAAUUUAGCAUUGGCCAAGGAAGUGACGGAACAAAAAUUUACGUUGGAUUAUCGGAUGAUGGCUAUGAAGUGGCCAUAAAGUCCAUUGAAAAAUGUGUGCAAAUGGGCGGCAAUGAGAAAAAUAUCUUAAAUUUUCCAAAGGUCCGAAACAAAAAACACAUUGUCAAGUAUCGCUUUUACCAAUCAUUUGGUUCUACGAAAGCUUACUUAGUUAUGGAUUUACAUGAAGAAAGUUUACGGGAUUAUGUUCUGAACAAGGAACGUUCUUUAGAACAGUUAAGAAAGGAGGGUCCAAGAAUAAUUCGUCAAAUUCUCUAUGGUGUAAGAACUCUUCAUUGCAGCAAUCCCGAAAUGCACCAUCGGGAUUUGAAACCAUCGAAUAUUCUUGUGAACGUGGAAGGUGAGAUGGUGCUCGCUGAUUUCGGCAUUAGUCGAUUAUUACCAAAAGAUGCAACUACGUACCAGAGUGGUGUCAGUGGAACUGAAGGGUGGAUGGCAGCGGAAUCACUUCCAAAUGAAGAUGACGACGAAGAUUAUUUAUCUCACGAAGUUAUUCAAGUUCGUUAUAAGAAACAAUCUGACAUUCAGGUUGUUGGAAUGCUAUGUUACUAUGUUUUGACCAAAGGAAAACAUCCAUACGGUAAACGAGUUCAUCGAACUAGUAAUAUAUCACAAGGACAUAUUGAUUUGGAGGAUUUAAGUGAUCCGUGUGCAAGAGAUCUUAUUACAUGGAUGCUUCAACAUGAUCCUGCAGAACGACCUGACGUCCAUCAAUGUCUGAAACAUCCAUACCUUCGAACGGCAGAAGAAAAUUUCAAUUUACUCGUAAGUGCUGGUAACGAGAAAGAAAUUAAAACCAGGGAUGCGACGUCAAUUGUUGUUCAAGAACUAAAUAAGUUGCCAGUUUUUACCAACUGGUUAUCAAUGAUUGAAGUUUGUGUAAUGAAUUAUAUGACUGCACAUAGAUAUCCGUAUACAAACGAGCCGGCAGAUCUAUUGAGAUUCAUUCGAAACACAGCAGCCCACUGGCACGACAAGACACCACCUGCAAAUGUCCAGAACACCGUAGUUGCACCACAAGAAUAUUUUGAAAGAAAAUUUCCAACACUUCCUGUUGAACUACAUCGAAUCAUCAGACAACAUUUUGACUGGGAAACAAGGGUGAAAUAUUUUUAAGACUGCAUUGUUUACUCUACAAGUCUAUUUCUGGCAUUAGUCUAGUGGAAAAACUUUGCAGAUCGAAGCCUCGUCGAAAACGUAGCUUAGGUUUUACCACAGAAACAAAAUUAACUAAUUAUAGGUACAUAUUUUUAAUUAAGCAAUAAUUUACAUACUAUAAUGCUGUAGUUUUUAUUCUACCUGCAUGUGAUGUGCUAGCCUGCGUGCAGCCCCAGACUACUGCACGCAGGCUAGUGAUGUACGCGUUUACACCAUUACACUAUUUUUUUGAGACUGGCUCACUUUGGC